CCCAAUCUUUUAGAGACUUUCGUGGCGCUUGGAAACUGUAGCGAACCGGGUCAAGAAGUCUCAUGGGCUCAUGAACAGCUUUGCUCAGUGUGCCGUGGCGUCUAUAUGCUCAGUGAGAAUUGUUUUCCUACUUUUUUCAACUCAGUGCUCUGCAAUCAUCAAGAAACUGGUUGCAUCUUUGACAGCUUCUCGGAUCGAGCCCAUGGAAUGUGUAGAUCUGAGACGCUAAGUUUGCGAGUGCUACGAAAUCGAGGAGACGAAAUCUGUGAAGAAUGGGUGAUAGAGCAAAUCGAGGUAUGGACCAUUCUCCUUUGA